GGUCGGCGGGACGCAGUGCACGCUGCUUGGCGCCGCAGGCUGAUCCCGUCGCGCCCCCGGGAGCAGUGAUGUUGGGCAGCUCCGCGCCCGGGCCUGUGGCCCGCGAGGCGGGCUCGGCGUUGCUAACAUUGCAGCAGACGGCGCUCCAAGAGGACCAAGAGAACAUCAACCCCGAGAAGGCUGCGGCCGCCCAGCAGCCCCGGACCCGGGCUGGGCUGGCGGUACUGAAGGCCGGGAACUCACGGGGUCCAGCGCUGCAGCAGAGGCCUAAGACGCGACGGGUUGCGCCUCUUAAGGAUCUUCCUAUAAAUGAUGAGCAUGUCACUGUUCCUCCUUGGAAAGCAAACAGUAAACAACCUGCAUUUACCAUUCAUGUGGAUGAAGCAGAAGAAGAGACUCAAAAGAGGCCAGCUGAAUCUAAAAAACCAGAAAGUGAAGAUGUCCUGGCUUUUAAUUCAGCUGUUACUUUACCUGGACCAAGAAAACCACUGGUACCUCUUGAUUACCCAAUGGAUGGUAGUUUUGAGUCACCACAUACUAUGGACAUGUCAAUUGUAUUGGAAGAUGAAAAGCCAGUGAGUGUUAAUGAAGUUCCAGACUACCAUGAGGACAUUCACACAUACCUUAGGGAAAUGGAGGUUAAAUGUAAGCCUAAAGUGGGUUACAUGAAGAAACAGCCAGACAUUACUAACAGUAUGAGGGCUAUCCUCGUGGACUGGUUAGUUGAAGUAGGAGAAGAAUAUAAACUACAGAAUGAGACCCUGCAUUUGGCUGUGAACUACAUUGAUAGGUUUCUUUCAUCGAUGUCUGUGUUGAGAGGAAAACUUCAGCUUGUGGGCACUGCUGCUAUGCUGUUGGCCUCAAAAUUUGAAGAAAUAUAUCCCCCAGAAGUAGCGGAGUUUGUAUACAUUACAGAUGACACUUAUACUAAGAAACAAGUUUUGAGAAUGGAGCACCUCGUUUUGAAAGUCCUUGCUUUUGACUUAGCUGCACCAACAAUAAAUCAGUUUCUUACCCAGUACUUUCUGCACCAGCAGUCUGCAAACUGCAAAGUUGAAAGUUUAGCCAUGUUUUUGGGAGAGUUAAGUUUGAUAGAUGCUGACCCGUACCUAAAGUAUUUGCCAUCAGUUACUGCUGCAGCAGCCUUUCAUUUAGCACUCUACACAGUCACGGGACAAAGCUGGCCUGAAUCAUUAGUACAAAAGACUGGAUAUACGCUGGAAACGCUUAAGCCUUGUCUCCUGGACCUUCACCAGACCUACCUCAGAGCACCACAGCAUGCACAACAGUCAAUAAGAGAGAAAUACAAAAAUUCCAAGUAUCAUGGUGUUUCUCUCCUCAACCCACCAGAGACACUAAAUAUUUAACAGUGAAAGACUGCCUUUGUUUUCUAAGAUGUAAAUCACUCUAAGUAUAUGGUGUACAGAUUUUUUUUUUAGGUUUUAAUUUUACAAUCAUUUCUGAAUAUGGUCAAGUAUGGUCAAGUUAUGGUCAAGUACAAAUUAUGGUAUCUAUCACUUUUUAAAUGGUUUUAAUUUGUAUAUCUUUUGUACAUGUAACUAUCUUAGAUAUUUGGCUAAUUUUAAGUGGCUUUUGUUAAAGUAUUAAUGAUGCCAGCUGCC